AUGGCUACUUUGUUGUACACCGUGAGAUCUUUAAUACAACCUCGUGAAAGUAUUUCUGCUAAAACAGCACUAAAAUACCAAACCGAGAAGUCAGAUUUAAAGCUAAAACCCGCAGAGAAGAGGUCGUCCCUUUCUCUGAGAGUCUCUGCUGAAGAUAAUAAAAGAUGGAAUGUGAUCAUUUUGACUCACAUGAGUUCAGGGUCGACGCUUACCGGCAACUUAUUUAAUCUUCACCCUGACGUGUUUUAUCUUUAUGAACCCCUUCAUAACCUGCGAAGAAAGGUUUACAAGGACGAGUGGAAUCCUUUCGAUGACGAAACAAAUCGAGCGUACACCAAAGAUUUUUUUGAUUUAUUUCGUGACUAUUUAGGAUGUGGAUUCUUGAAGAAUAAUACACUGUACAGAUCCAUUCCUCCAUUCGCUAGGGGGAAAAAACACUUCACUUAUUGGCGAUAUUCUACACCGGAAUUUACCAAGGAAGCCGUGAGAGAUGCUUGUAGAGGUAAGAAAAUCACUGUAGCGAAAGUCAUGCAAACACGACUUCCCAGAGAAAUCGGAAUAAAGGAGCUUGAACGAGUGUGCCGCGUUGAUCCACAACAGUUUGAUUGUUUAAUCAUUCACUUGGUAAGGGAUCCUCGUGCUGUUAUUUCCUCACUAUUGAGACGCAAGUUUUUUGCACAAGGACCUGAAAAGACGCUAUUUUACUCAAAAAAUUUAACAUCCGAAGGAUUGAGUCUGCUAAAGCGUAAUGUGCAGCUGCUGUGCUCUCAAGUUACCAACAAUUUAAACUAUGUCAGAGAUAACUGGGCGACGUGGUUUCAAGGUCGUUACAAACUUGUGCGUUACGAAGACAUCGCAGGCAGUGCUAUGAAUGCUGCGAAAGUGAUGUAUGACUUUGUUGGUCUACCAAUGACGAAUUCCAUUUAUCAGUGGAUUGCUGAAGGCAGAAUACCUACGGAGAUAGAAUUCAAAAUUAAGGCCUUUACGAUAUCAGAGGAUAACGAAAACCGUAUAAGUUACUGGAGGCUCGUCCGAGAUCCCUCACUCGUUUCUCUGGUCGAGGAGGCCUGUGCACCAUUGAUGAAAGAGAUGGGGUACAUUUUUAUCAAUGGUUCUGAAGACCAUCAGCAUGAUCUGAACGUAACACUGAUAUCUAAAGAAAUACCAAUUUUAAAAGAUCUUCGAUAA